AAAGAUUCAAUAGGUAACUAAGGUUAAUUAAGGUUAAAAAAAAAAAAUAUGUAUUCUGUCUUAAUAAAUCGCAACAAGUGACUUAUCGGGUGCCCCGGUUUUAGCAAAAAAUUAGCAAUGCCGCCGAAAGCUUCCUCGUUGUACCGGUUUGGCCGCACCAGAUUGACAGCCAGAAAAUCCACCGGCGAUGCCAAAUCCACCGCCCAGAAAUCUUCUCCGCCUCCUGAACCCGAUAGAAUUGUUCAAAAGGAUAGUCAAUUGACGAGCAACUCUACCAAUUUUGAAAUCAGUGAGCAUCCGGAGACCUCUCAAGUUCCAGCAGCAAACACCGGGGAGACCACCGUAGUUGAGUUGAUCUCGACCGAUGAAGCUGAACAAGUCACCCCGGCGAAAGCUGUGGAAAUUGAACCUGUCGGGGAGCAGAAAGUAGGUAAGAAAAAACUGGUGAAAAGGAUUGUUAAGAAGAUUGUGAAAAAGAAAGUACUCAAAUCGGUUGCAAAGGCAAGUGGAUUGAUCCCGGAAGAUGCUGACGCAGAAGCUGUUUUGGAUUCACUCGAUGUUGAAAAAGCUAGCUGUGGAGGCACAAUUCAACCGGCGAGUGAAGAUUUAGAGCCUACUAGUGCUGCUACAGUUGGUGACUCGGAGAAAGGUACUAUUACUGCUGAGGUUAUGCUAGGAAAAGAUGUAAUAAAGGACUGUGAGGUUAGUUUAACUGAAGAUAAAUUAGAGCCUCCAAUUUCGGAUGCAAAGGACAAUUUAGGAGGUUCGCUUGAGUCAGGAAGUGUAGUUCCUGAUCCAGAAAAAGGUAAUCCCCGUUCAGCAAAGAUUGUCAAGAAGAUUGUGAAGAAGAAAGUGCCCAAAUUGAUUAGCAAGAACAGUGGAAAGACUGAGGAAUCAGAAGGAGGCAGGGAAAAUGCCGACACCGGAACUGUUUUGGAUUCAUUCGGUGUGGAAAAGGAUAGCUCUCGCGGCAAAAUUGAAUCAGAAACUGAACAUUUAGAGCCUACUAGUGCUGCUACAGCUGAUGACUCGGAGAAAGGAAAUUCUCAUCCAGUAGAAGCUGGGAAAGGUACUAUUGUGGCCGAGGGUAUCUUAGGGAAGGAUGAAAUGAGGGAUUGUGAGGUUAGUGUUAUUGAAGAUAAAUUAGAGCUUCCCAUUUCAGAAUGUAAAGAUGCAAAGGACAAUAUAGGUUCCCUUGAGUCAGGAAACAUAGUUCUUGAUUCAGAAAAAGGUAAUCUUCCUUCGUUAAAGGUUGUCAAGAAGAUAGUGAAGAAGAAAGUGCCCAAACUUGUUGCCAGGAAAAGUGGAAAAAGGGAAGAAUUGGUGAAAGGUAGCAAAAAUGAGGUUGCAGAAAAUAUUUUGGAUUCAGAAGGUGUUGAAAAAUCUAAACCUAAUUCUUCAGGAACUGAAAACCUAGAGUCUGGUAAAGCUGUUUCUGCUAAAAGUGAGGAGUCAAUGAAUCUCAGUUUACAUCUCAUGGAUGUUGAGAAGGCUACUAGUGCUAGUGAGUUUGGUGCAACUGAAAAUACAUUAGUGCCUUCCAUUUUGGAUCACAAAGAUACUAAUGUUAUUGAGAAUGAUAACAUGGAUUCUCUUGAAACACAAACUGUAGUUCUUGAUUCAGAAAAACGUAGCCUUGACGUUUCGACUAGUCAUAAUGUGGAUUCGAGUAAGGAUCAAAAUUUGGGUCAGUUGGGAGAGGAAGGGUAUAGUCAAGGCACGGAGGAAACAAAGGAAGCUGUGGAUACUUCUCUGAGGUUGAAUGAAGGAAUUUUAUUGAGUGGGGAAAUGGAGGCAUUAGAGCGGAAAAAGAGGCGGAGGACAGAGAUUUUCAUUGGAGGAUUAGACAAGGAGUCUAAGGAAGAUGAUCUGAGGAGAAUCUUUGGUGAGGUUGGCGAGAUUGUGGAGUUAAGACUAAUGAAAAAUCGUGAAACAGGAAAGAACAAGGGGUUUGCUUUCGUUCGGUAUGCUUCUGCCGCUGAUGCAAAGAAGGCUGUUGAAAGAUAUUCCAAAGUUGAGAUAUCUGGGAAGCAAUGUGGUGUAUCCCUUGUUGAGGGUAAGGACACAAUAUACCUUGGUAAUAUUGACAAGAAAUGGAAGACUGAAGACUUGAUUGAACUACUGAAGAAAGCUGGGAUUGAAAAUAUCGAUAAGGUCACAGUUAUGGCUAAUCCUAAUAACACCAAGCAGAAUCGAGGGUUUGCAUUUGUUGAACUUGAAACAAGUAAAGAUGCUCAGGUUGCUUUCAGUAAACUCAACAAGAAGGAUGCUUUUGGGAAACAUGUGAAGGUAAAAGUUGCAUGGGCACAACCUUUAAUCGAGCCAAAUGAAGAAGAACUGCUUAAGGUUAAAGCAGUUUAUGCUGAAUAUUUACCUUCCUCAUGGAAUGAAGAAAAAGUGCGAGACUACUUUGGCAAAUUUGGUGAAAUUGAGAGUAUUGUCCUUGCAAAAGAUCUUCCUUCCUCAAGGAGAAAAGAUUUUGCCUUUGUCAAUUAUAUAAGCCGUGAGUCUGCUCUUGCGUGCAUUGAGGCAUUCAGUCAUGUACCAGCCAACGACAGUGGAUCCAAGGUGAACAUGAAGGUAUCUCUUGCUAAACCCAUGCCGAAGAGUAAGCAAACUAAACGUUUAACAGUUCCUACUAAAAGGGAACCUCGUGAGGAGAAGAAAAUACAGGGUCAAUCCAUCUUGAAGAGGCAUGAAUCCAGCAAAAUGGUGAAUUACAUGAGAAGAUAUGAUGAGGGUCAUAGGGUCGAUGGAGGAUCUUCUACAACCAGUGAACUUUUGCACCUUUUGAGACAACAAGGCCCAGCUUGUCAGCUCCAUCCCGGUUUGAACAUGGGCCCAGGUAUUAACCAUCAGUACUCGUUAUCUGGAAGCAAGCGGCCGUUUUCAGCUGUGGUUGAUAAUCCACAUCGUAUGGAUUCCAGUGGAGUUUCUAGAGUGCGGGUAGAAAGAUCUUUCCCUACAAACCAAAGUGUGCUGUCACAUAGUCGUGGACCACUUGGUACACCAUCCUUUGCCUAUUAUAGCCAGCAAGGCAGUGGCCAUUCACCUGGUUCAGUUUAUGGGGUCGAACGCUUUCCGAAUUCCUUUCAGUCUCAGGUCCGUGGCCCUUAUGGUGGAUAUCAUGGCAUAUCUCGUAGAUAUUGAAGGAGUGAUUCGAGAAUGCUGCUGAACGAUAUUUCUAGCAAGAAUUGUUAUACUGACAAAUUUGGAAUAUCCAUUUGGGAGUUCUGAAAUGUAAAGCUAACAUAUUAGUAUUAACUUUGUUUGCAAGUUCAUAUUAAUGUGCACAUGUUUGGGUAAACACCCCACGCACUUCCUGUAUGCUCUGCAAAUUUUGGCUAUUUGUCUCCUGUCAAGUAUUUUCUGUUAUGAAUUUUUCCAGACGUCGUAGUUA